AUGUUGUCAACAACUCAUUUCGAAGAUCUUUCAAACGAACUUUUACUGGAUAUUUUCGAUCAUCUUGAUGGUUAUCAUAUGUUAGAAGCUUUUUCUAAUCUUAAUAAUCGUUUUCAAUAUCUCAUCAAUAGUUCUUAUUUCCUCCUCAAAUUGAAUAUUUCAUUUAUGUCUCAAACUAAUUUUAACAAACGUUCGAUCAAUAUUAUUCGUCCAUAUAUUAAUCGAAUUAUAUCAUUACAAUUAUCAAAACCAUUUUUCAUCAAAAAUUUCUUUACAUCAUUUCCUAUUGAUACAUCAUUUAAUCGUCUCGAAUCACUCGUACUCAAUGAUUUUAAUGUAAAUGAUGAACUUUCUAUCCUUAUUAGUUUAAGACAAUUACCUCGACUAUUUUCUCUCAAAAUCUAUUUUCACGAUUGUAAUAAAUUAUAUAUUAUUUUUCAAUCAAUAUGCCGUUUACCUGUUUUAAAAUAUGCCAAACUUUUGCGUUCAAAUCGGUAUGGUACAUAUUCAUUUCCACCGGCUACGAGCGAUGAUCAACGAAGUAUGACUCUUGAAUAUCUUGUCUUGGAUGGUUCAGAUACUCUUGCAACUAUAUAUAGUAUUCUAUCAUAUACACCUCAACUCCGUCAUUUGUCAGUUGAACAUAUAUGGGGUUAUAACAAUAUACCUAUAGAACAAUUUAUAUUUCCAUGCAAUCUAACUAGUAUUUCAAUACGUUAUUGGCUUUCAUCAUUUAAUGACUUUGCAUCAUUCAUUGCAAUCGUUGGUUUUAAACUCGAAUUAUUACGAAUUUCAAUUUUUGAUCAAACCGUCGUAUUAGAUGCUUAUCAAUGGCAACAACUAAUUUUACAUCAUAUGCCACGUUUGCAUACGUUUCUCCUUUAUUAUCAUGGUGCGUUGAUCAAAGAUAUUAAUGGAAACAAACAUUGUCGAACAUUACUUGAUCAAUUUUCUUCUCGAUUUUGGAUCGAACGACGAUGGUUUUUCGCACAUAGACAUUGCAACUGUAUCUCUCAUAAUAGACCACCAAAUUUAGCAUUGUAUUCAACUCAAAUACGCUGGCUAAACUUUUGUGAAACUGGUGAUUUUUUAAAUAAUACUUUAUGCUCAUACCAAGAUCCAAUCUUCAAUUUAUCUGUUGGACCACGAAUGCCGAUCCAUAAUCGAAAAGUUGUUGCCAAUUUUCCAUUUAAAUUUCCUCGUGUAACUGAAUUAGAACUUACAGGUAAUGAUAGGAUCAAUAUUAACUCAUUCAUUGAUAAUCUAAGUCAUAUUAUAAUUUUAACAAAUAUCACUUAUUUAAAUAUUUCAUUUAAUAAUCAAUGGUUGAAUUGUUUUAUUAAAUUACUUAAUCAUAUGCCGAAUGUUCAAAAAUUGGUUCUUAACGUACAAUCAUCAUCUGAAAUGGAAAUAUCGUCAGAUCAACAAACUAAUACAGUUGACUUAGUAUGCAAUAAUAAUGUGCGAAAUGUAAAAAUAAUUGGUCAACUCCCACUUGUUACUGUUCAAUUGAUCAACAAACUUUUUCCUCAAAUGGAAUGUCUCUGGAUUUCGAACACAAAAACAGUUCUCAUAUCAUUUUUACGAAUUUUGUUGUCGAAUAGAAUUCAUAACAGUCAUCUUUCCUCAUUUAUAGCGAUCAGUGGUGAUGAUAUAAUAAUUGAACCAUUGAAAACAAUGAUUGAUAAUGAAAAGUUACUUGAUAAUUAUAAUAUCGAACAUCGAAAUUGUGAAUUGUGCUUAUGGUGGUAA